AUGAGUGUCGUCGGUAUAGAUUUGGGUGCGCAAAGCACCAAAAUUGGUGUUGCCCGCAACAAGGGCAUUGACAUUAUUGCCAAUGAAGUCUCCAACCGUCAGACCCCCUCCGUCGUUGGAUUCACUCCUCGCAGCCGAAACCUCGGCGAGGCCGCCAAAGGUGCAGAGAUCUCGAACCUUAAGAACACCGUUGGCUCCCUCAAGCGCCUGAUCGGCCGUUCUUUCAACGAUCCCGAUAUUGCCAUCGAGCAGGAAUACAACACAUGCAAACUGGUCGACGUCAAUGGCCAGGCCGGUGUCGAGGUCAACUACCUUGGCAAGAAGGAGAAGUUCACAGCAACCCAGUUGGUCGCUGCGUACCUUUCCAAGAUCAAGGACAUCACCGCCAAGGAAUUGCGCACUCCCGUCUCCGACGUCACCGUCAGCGUUCCUGCUUGGUUCACUGACGUUCAGCGUCGGGCUAUGAUUGACGCUGGUGAUAUCGCUGGUCUCAACAUCCUUCGUCUCAUCAAUGACACCACCGCUACCGCUCUUGGCUGGGGUAUUACCAAAUUAGAUCUCCCCGGCCCCGAGGAGAAGCCCCGCCGUGUUAUGUUCGUCGACAUUGGUUACUCCGAUUACACUGCCUCUAUUGUUGAGUUCCGCAAGGGUGAACUGAACGUCAAGGCUACCGCCUACGAUCGUCACUUCGGUGGUCGUAACUUCGACAAGGCCCUGACCGAGCACCUCGCCGUCGAAUUCAAGGAGAAGUUCAAGGUCGACAUCCACACUAACGGCAAGGCCUGGACCCGUACCUUGGUCGCCGCUGAGAAGCUCAAGAAGGUCCUCUCGGCUAACGCCCAGGCACCUUUGAGCGUCGAGUCCCUUAUGGAUGACGUUGACGUCCGCGCUAUGAUGAAGCGUGAGGAGCUCGAGCUCCUAGUCAAGCCUCUCCUUGAUCGCCUGACCGCUCCUCUGGAGCAGGCACUCUCCGAGGCCAAGCUUCAGAUUGAGGACAUUGACCAGAUUGAGAUGGUCGGUGGCUGCACCCGUGUCCCCUCUAUCAAGGAAACCCUCACCAAGUUCUUCGGCAAGAACCUGUCCUUCACCCUGAACCAGGACGAGGCCAUUGCCCGCGGUUGUGCUUUCAGCUGUGCUACUCUCUCCCCUAUUUUCCGUGUCCGUGACUUCGCCGUUCACGACAUUGUCAACUACCCCAUUGACUUCACCUGGGAGCAGUCCCCCGAGAUCCCAGAUGAGGAUACUAGCCUCACUGUCUUCAGCCGUGGCAAUGUCAUGCCUUCCACCAAGAUCCUCACUUUCUACCGCAAGCAGCCCUUCGAUCUCGAGGCCCGCUACUCCGACGUCGCGGCUAUGCCCGGCAAGGUCAACCCCUGGAUUGGCCGCUUCUCCGUCAAGGGCGUCCAGGCUGAUGCCAACAACGACUUCAUGAUCUGCAAGCUCAAGGCCCGUCUCAACCUGCACGGUAUCCUCAAUGUCGAGUCCGGAUACUACGUCGAGGAUAUUGAGGUCGAGGAGCCCAUUGAGGAGGAGAAGAACGAGGACGAGAUGGACGAAUCUAAGGAUGAGGAGCCCAAGAAGACCCGCAAGGUUAAGAAGCAGGUUCGCAAGGGUGACCUCCCCAUUUCCUCCGCCACCGGCGGCUUCGACCAGGCCACCAAGGAGGCUUGGACCGAGCGCGAAAACGCUAUGUACAUGGAGGAUAAGCUUGUCGCCGAGACCGACGAGAAGAAGAAUGAGCUCGAGGCCUCCAUCUACGAGCUCCGUGACAAGAUUGACGGCGUGUACUCCGAGUUUGCCAGCGAGGAGGAGAAGGAGAAGUUGAAGGCCAAGCUCACGACCACCGAGGAUUGGCUGUACGAAGAUGGUGAAGACACCACCAAGUCUGUCUACGUUGCCAAGAUGGACGACAUCCGCUUCAUCGCCGGCCCUAUCAUCCAGCGCUACAAGGAGAAGGCCGAGGCCGAGCGCGACGCCGUCCGCAAGGCCGAUGAGGAAGCCGCCGCUCGGCGACGCGCCGAACUUGAGGCCAAGAAGAACGCUCAGGGAGAUUCCGACAUGCAGGAUGCCCCCGAGGGCGAACUUGAGGAGCAGUAG